AAUAUGUUUCCAGCUGCUUCUGUCUGCCUGGAAACUGGUGACUCUGCUCUGUGAUUGGUGCUCUGUGACUCAGAGCACUUUGCUGCACUUUAAGUCACUUUGUCUAUCCUUACUUCAAAUCCACGGUUCAGCAACCACACUGCCGCUGCCGCUGAAGGUGAUGAAGAUGUCGAAGCUGCUUCUCGUCCUCUGCUGUAUCCUCGGGGUCUCUGCUAAUGUUCUCCAUGAGGGCGGUCAGAUCGGUGGCUGUUCAGACUCUGAGGGAGCGAUGAUGUACACACUGGAGGAUGAAGAGCUUUGGUACGCAGACUUCAAGUCUGGGAGAGGAGUUGCGCCUCAGCCAGACUUCAUAGAUCACAUUAGUUUCAAUCCAGGAACUUAUGAACAAGCUGUGGCUGAGCAACAAAUCUGCAGAGCUAACCUGCAAACAUGCCAACAGGCGAUGAAGGACCUGCCAGUGGAAAAGGAUCCUCCUGAGAUCCCGAUGAUCUACAUCAGAGACACCUUGGAGCUCAAAGUGAAGAACACCCUCAUCUGUCAUGUGUCUGGUUUCUAUCCUGCUCCGGUCAAAGUCUCCUGGAUCAAGAACGGAAAGAACGUGACUGAGGGAAGCAGCAUCAACGUCCCCUUCCCCAACAAAGACGGUUCCUUCACCCAGAUCUCCAGACUGGAGUUCAUCCCACAGCUUGGAGACAUCUACAGCUGUUCAGUGGAACAUGUGUCCCUGGACGAACCACUGACGGCAAUGUGGGAUGUCACGAUGACUCCGCCCAGUGUUGGACCUCUAGUGUUCUGUGGAGCUGGUCUGACAGUCGGUCUGCUCGGUGUGGCAGUUGGAAUCUUCUUUUUUAUCAAAGGACACAAGCGCAGCUGAUUGGUUGAGACUGAUGAUAUUAGUGCAGAUUUAUGUGGACAUAAUCCAGAUGUUUUCCUUAUAAUUGUAAAUGAAUGUACUGAUACUUUAUUGUGUGAAUCAAACAUCUUCACUGUUUUUUCAGUGUUUAGUUUAAACAAUCAGCUCCACAUGUUUAACCUGAGGAUCAACUCUGACUGUUCUCUGCUGUUCAGCUGCAACAACAACAACCUCAACAGUGUCUGCUCCAUCAAAUCAUCAAAUGUUUCAUUUCACUUCCCUGUCCACAGUUUGUCCUUUCUGUUAAAUGUGAUCACUUUCAUUUUCUGUACAGUCUGAAAGGUUUCUGUUCCCUCUGAGCCACAAACACUCAGUUCUGUUAUUCUGACUCAUUUUGAGUCAGACUUCUUGUUUGACAUGAGUGAAAAUGGGCGCUAUCCCCUCAGCUGUGACUGCUCAGGUUCAGGUCUAGAUCUGGAUCACAGUGGAUCUAGUGAAGCUGGUUAUCUGAGAGACAGCUAUCUGCUGCUGUCGCUGAAUCAUCAUUGUAUCGCCAGCUUCAUUUCACUGACAGCAGAAAUGCAUUAAUGAUAGAAAUAACAUUUUUAUUUCAUUUUCUUUGUUAUUCAGUGUAGCUGCUUUCAGAUACACAUGAUAUCAAAGAAUCUUUGAAAUGUAUGUAAUGUAAGCUUCAUUAAAAUUGAACACAGUUGGAACCACAGGUCACUUUAAAACCAGGAUGAACGACUGAACUCUUAAAUCUGUUUUUAACUGUG